UACUCGCUUUGUACUUGCCGUAGUCAACCAACUCACAAUCAAAUCAUCAUGUCUGGACGUGGUAAAGGAGCAGGAAAGGCCCGCGCCAAGGCCAAGAGUCGAUCUGCCCGUGCAGGACUUCAGUUCCCAGUUGGUCGUGUCCAUCGUUUUCUUCGCAAGGGCAACUACGCCGAACGUGUAGGUGCAGGAGCUCCAGUCUACCUGGCUGCCGUCCUCGAGUACCUCGCCGCCGAAAUCCUCGAGUUGGCAGGCAAUGCCGCCCGCGACAACAAGAAGACCCGUAUCAUCCCCCGUCACUUGCAGCUGGCUGUCCGCAACGACGAGGAGUUGAACAAGCUUCUCAGUGGAGUCACCAUCGCCCAGGGUGGUGUCCUCCCCAACAUCCAGGCUGUCCUCCUGCCCAAGAAGACCUCCAAGGCAGCCAAGUAAAUGGGUUGCUUUCCUCUUCGGAACUUCCCAAAACGGCUCUUUUAAGAGCCACCAAAAAUUCAAGAAAGAAUCAAAUGAGAUCAUG